AUGCCCAUACAGCCGUCCACACCUGGCUGCCUCCAUCACCCAUUGGACCAGAGCCGGGCGUCGGUCAGCCGCCUGGUCAAAACGAGUACCCUGGCAGAGCAUAGGGUAGAGGCCGACUCGUUAUCCGGUAACUACAAGUUUGGUUUCAAGAAGUGGAAGAGCCACGUGACUGCUGAGCCCUGGUCAGACCUCUCCGAGAUCGUCACCAGGCCCCCUGGCUCCACCGUGAUCUGGGGGAAUGUCUUCUACGUGCUGCUCUUUGGCUGGUGGCUCUCCCUGGUCUACCUCCUCCUGUCUGGGCUGAUGUUCCUCACCAUCCUGGCCACUCCUUAUGGGAAACUAUGCUGGCAACUCGCUGGAUACUUGCUCUGGCCAUUUGAUAAAGUGAUCCAGAAGGAACAUUUUUCCCUUAGGUUGUGCAAGGAUGCUAGUGACUGUGACUUCUUCUCUGAACCAGAGACCACCCCACUUCUCAGCCACCUUGAUGGGCCACUCAGGACUCAGAAAGCAUACUCAAACCACCCAAAAUACAGUCAUUGGUACCGAGUCAGCACUUACAUCUGGCUUUUCCUGGGCUACCCUGUGCUGGUGGUCAUCCACAGCCUCAUCUGCUGCUUUUCCUGGUUCCUAGUGUUCAUUAUUCCAAUUGCCAAGAUGAAUGCCAGAAUGGUAGCCAGAAUCCUCCUGGAAGACCCAGAGCAGGUGCAUGUGCAGGCAAUAAAGCCAGAGACACCCAGGGACGCUGCCACGCUCCUGCGCUGCCGCCGUGCAGCUAGCUCCUGUUACUACAAGCACACCUUGGCCGGCGUGCACAUCUUUGCCCUCAACCUCCUGCCGCUGGUACUCGUGACCCUGAUCUUGGGCUACGUGGACAGCCAGAACCAGUACACGAGCUCUCUGGCCAAGUUCAGCCUCUCCCUCCUCUCCAUCAUGCUGCUCUCUUACUUCACCGGAACAGCUAUCGCCAGCAUUUCGGCUCAGAGCUCUUUUGCCGUGGGCGCUGUGGUGAAUGCCACAUUUGGCUCCAUCAUCGAACUGACGCUUUAUAUCACUGCCCUGAUGAAGGGGGCCCAGGAGGGGAACAGAUGCUAUGAGGAGGUGGUGAAGUCUGCUCUGACGGGGACCGUGCUGGGCUGCAUCCUUCUGGUCCCGGGUCUCUGCAUGGUGAUUGGGGGAAUGCACCACCCUGAACAGAAGCUUAACCACCAGUCAGCAGGGGUCAGCUCUGCCCUGCUCUUCCUCUCUGUGGGAGGUGUGUUUGCCCCCACACUUUUCUCCAAGGUUUAUGGGAGACUGAUCUGCAGGGAGUGCCAGAAUAUUACCCAGGACCCCUCGGGGAGCUAUCUGUGCCACAGCUGCCGGCCUGACUUGAUGGAGAACAAUGGAACUCUCUACUACAAUCAUGUCCAGCCGUUGGUGUACACGGUGUGCCUCCUGCUCCCCGCCACCUACCUCGUGGGCCUCCUCUUCAUCCUGAAGACCCGCUCUCCUAGCUACGUCCUCCACAGCAACCGUGGCCCCUGGCCCGGGCCCCAUCGCGGCGCUGUGGUUGCCUGGCCACGGUGGCGCACGCUGCUCUUGCUGCUGCUGUCCACCUUCUGCAUGUCUGCCUGUGCUGACCUGGCCACAGAGCACAUCAGUCCCAUUCUGAAGAGCUCCACCGUGUCCCAGUAUUUUAUAGGAGUGACUGUGCUCGCCAUGGUGCCUGAAUUGCCAGAGAUUGUCAAUGGGAUUCAGUUUGCCUUGCAGAAUCACCUGAGUCUCAGCAUUGAGAUCGGCAGCUGCAUUGCAGUACAAGUCUGUAUGCUGCAGAUACCCAUCCUGGUGCUGUUUUCCAUCUUCUAUCCAACAGGAUUCAUGCUGUUCUUCAGUGACCUCCAUGUCUAUGCCAGCAUGUUCAGUGUCAUUCUUAUGAAUUAUAUCUUCAUGGAUGGCAAGUGUGACUAUUUUCGAGGUACUGUGCUGGUAAUGGUCUACUUCCUCCUCCUCGCUGUCUAUUUCUUUGCUCCUUCCCCUGCUGGCUGCUGACAGAUGCAUUCUACUUGAUUUAACAUUUGGCUGCAUUAGAGAUCCAUGGGAUACUUUCCUUUGAGAUGGAAAGGCUCAUCCAGGUUACCUGCAGAACUACGCUGGGAAGCCAGUAGAAGUCAAUCCAAAUCUAUCUCCAAUCUUACACCUCUCCUCUCUUGUUUUUACAUUAUGGGAACUGUUAAUGAACUAAAACUUUGUACUAUAAAA